UCUAAUCUAAUCACCUACAAUCAUUCUUCGUUUUCUUCUUUUGAAGAAAAUGACGGCUUCUUCUAAAUGGGACAACGUCGCCUUCGGGUUAUCAGCAGCUUGUCUCUCUGCAGCAAUCGUGCUUUUAGUCUCAAUUGCCACGUGGCAAAGUGAGAUCUCAAGAAUUACCGAAGAAGCUAUUGUUGAGACUCAACAUUUUCAGGAGACAUCAGAAAAGAUUUGGGAUGAUCUCGUUUUUGUAGCUACUGGAGAAACCGACCGACACAAAAGACAUGCAUAUUUGACACGCGCUCCAGUUGUCCCAGUAACAGGUGGAUUCCAGACUGGAAGAACUGCGAAUAGAGGAUGCAAUUGCCGUGGACCACCAGGACCACCCGGAUUUAAUGGGGAAGAUGGAUAUGAUGGUGAACCUGGAGUUCCGGGAUCAUCAGGAGGUGAUGACAUAUCAGUGCUUCGUCACGAUCCGGGACGAUGUGCUCAAUGCCCAGCUGGACCAAUGGGACCACCAGGACCACGUGGACCACCUGGAGUACCAGGAAUUACUGGAGCACCAGGUCUCGACGGAAUCCCAGGAAGACACGGAACGCCAGGAUAUCCAGGAGAACCAGGACUUCCAGGACCGGUUGGAGAUCCUGGUUUUGAUGGAAAACCUGGAAACCCGGGAAAUAAUGGAGUACGUGUUCGUAGAAUUCCCGGGCCACCAGGACCUCGAGGAGCCGAAGGAGAUAGUGGAGUACAGGGAGGACCUGGUUCUCCAGGAUUGGCAGGAGCUCCAGGAGAUUCAGGAGCACCUGGACCACAAGGGCCUCCAGGACAAAAGGGAAUGGAUGGUACACCUGGUGGAUUCGGGCAACCAGGACCUCAAGGUGUUGAUGGAGAAUAUUGUCCAUGUCCAAAACAAAUAAAGAAAUCUGUAUAAUUUCAUAAUAUUUGAGAAUAAAUUUUAUAUCACAACAGCAACUCAUAAACUGAACUGAAUAAAGCAAGUCACAAUCAA